AUGUCACAGCUAGCUCAACAUAUGCCUGCUCUCUCUAAUAGCACUAACAAUUUUGUCCAAUCCACACAAACUAGCAUUCAGAAUCUCACGGCAUCAUUGAGGAAUUUGGAUACUCAAGUUGGACAGCUUGCUACCAUGUUCAAUGAAAGAGAGAAAGGAAAGUUCCCGAGCCAAUCUGAGCAAAAUCCAAGAGGGAUGAAGCAUUGCAAAGUAAUACGGACAUUAAGAAGUGGCAAGAGUUAUGACAACAGAGAAGUGGUGCACCAUGAAGCCGAAGUGGAAGAAGAAGAGUUUACUGAAAGUAUUCCAGAUCCUAGUACAAGUGACAAAGUGCAAUCUCGACCCAACUCUGAUGCAAACAAGGAAAAAGGCCUUGGUAGUUUAUUUGCACCUUCUGACAAGCCACCAUACAAGCCACCUUUGCCAUUUCCACAACGGCAGCAACAACGUUCCAAGGAUCAACAAUGCAUUGAAUUCAUGAAGACGUUGGCUAAGGUUCAAAUUAAUUUUCCUCUAUUAGAUGCUAUUAAACAGAUCCCAUCAUAUGCCAAAUUUCUGAAGGAGCUAUGUUCUAAAAAGAAAAAGUUCUUGGAAUACGAGAAUGUGAUUUUAACUGAGCAAUGCACUGCUGUCCUCUUACAUAAGCUACCACCCAAGAAGAAAGAUCCGGGGAGUUUCACUAUCUCUUGUGAAGGAGAACUCAAGCCCACAUCUGUGAGUCUUCAAUUGGCAGAUAGGUUCGUGACCUAUCCUUUGGGUAUUCUGGAAGAUGUGAUUAUUAAAGUGGAUAAAUUCUAUCUUCCAGCUAAUUUCAUUAUACUUGACAUGGAGGAAGACAAGGAAGUGCCUCUCAUUUUAGGCCGACCGUUCAUGGCCAUCGCCUGGACACUUAUUGAUGUGGAAGCAGCUGUCAAGCGUCCUUUCGAACCUGAAGAGUGUUUUCGUGUUGAUGUUGUGGAUGGGAUUGUGCAUGCAAACUUUGCCUCACGAUCAUCUAAUGAUGAGCUGUUAACUUGCCUCACCAACCAUGAUGCUACUUUAUCUAUGGAAGAAAAUAUGCCCCUUCUUCCUUCAAGUGAGCAAGCUCCGAAGUUAGAGCUCAAGCUAUUGCCGAGCCACCUCAAGUAUGCUCAUCUCAGGGUGAAUGAGACCUUGCCUAUUAUUAUUGCUGCUGAUCUUAAUGACACGGAAGAAGACAAAUUACUAAGAGUUCUUCGCAAGUAUCAAAAUACUCUGGGGUGGACACUUGCUGACAUAAAGGGCAUUAGUCCAGCUUUGUGCAUGCAUAGAAUUUGUAUGGAAGCUGGGACUAAACCAAUUGUUGAAGCUCAAAGACGUCUAAAUCCGAUCAUGAAGAAAGUUGUAAGAGUUGAGGUGAUGAAGUUGCUUGAUGCAGGUAUUAUUUAUCCAAUCUCGGAUAGUAAAUGGGUGAGCCCAACUCAGGUGGUUCCAAAGAAAGCUGGUAUUACUGUGGUGAAGAAUGAUAACAACGAGCUUGUGCCUACAAGGAUGACCACCAGAUGGCGAAUGUGUGUUGACUAUAGAAAGCCCAAUAACAGCACUAGAAAUGAUCAUUUUCCGCAGCCAUUCAUUGAUCAGAUGCUCGAGAGACUAGCUGGUCAUUCUUUCUAUUGUUUCUUAGAUGGUUAUUCAGGGUGCAACCAAAUUCCAAUUGCCCCUGAGGAUCAAGAGAAGACAACGUUUACAUGCCCUUUUGGUACAUUUGCAUACAGACGAAUGCCAUUUGGAUUGUGCAAUGCCCCUGCCAUUUUCCAACAAUGCAUGAUGAGUAUCUUUUCUGGAAUGGUUGAAAAUAUUGUUGAGGUUUUUAUGGAUGACUUUUCUGUUUUUGGUAAUUCUUUUGAUAUAUGUUUGGAUAACUUGUCUUUGGUUUUGGAAAGAUGCAGGGAGACUAAUCUUGUGUUAAAUUGGGAGAAAUGCCAUUUUAUGGUUAAGCAUGGCAUUGUGCUAGGACAUCUAAUUUCAAGCAAAGGAAUAGAGGUCGACAAGGCAAAGAUUGAAGUGAUCGCCAAAUUACCACCACCAACUUCUGUGAAGAAUGUGAGAUCUUUCUUGGGACAUGCUGGUUUUUAUCGAAGAUUCAUCAAGGAUUUUUCCAAAAUUAGUCGUACUCUUUGUAAUUUACUUGCUAAAGAUACUUGUUUUGAUUUUAAUGCAGAUUGUCAUGAUGCUUUCAACAAAUUGAAGGAUCUUCUCACAUCAGCCCCAAUUAUAACAGCUCCAGAUUGGACCCUUCCUUUUGAGCUCAUGUGCAAUGCUUCCGAUUACGCUGUGGGUGCUGUCUUUGGCCAGCGACGUGACAAGCUCCCCCAUGUUAUAUAUUAUGCCAGCCGCACUUUGAAUGAUGCUCAGCUGAAUUAUGCCACUACAGAAAAAGAAUUACUUGCAGUGGUAUUUGCUCUUGAAAAGUUUCGAUCGUACUUAGUUGGUGCUAAAGUUAUUGUGUAUUCUGAUCAUUCUGCUCUCAAGUACUUAUUGUCUAAAAAAGAGGCCAAACCACGAUUGAUUCGAUGGGUCCUUCUCUUGCAAGAGUUUGAUUUGGAGAUCCUAGAUAAAAAGGGACGUGAGAAUGUUGUGGCGGAUCAUCUCUCAAGAUUAGUAAAUGCAAGCAUUGAUGAGGCAGAUUCAUUGCCCCUGCAAGAGAGCUUUCCAGACGAGCAACUUCUAGCGGUUACUCAUCAAGUACCAUGGUAUGCUGACAUCGCAAAUUAUUUGGCAUCUGGAGAAAUACCAUCAGAGUUCAGCUACCAACAAAGGAAUAAGUUCCUCUCCACUGCUUGUGAUAAGUGUCAAAGAGUUGGAAAUCUUUCUCAGAGAAAUGAGAUGCCUCAACAAAGUAUUUUGGUGAUUGAACUAUUUGAUGUUUGGGGUAUAGACUUCAUGGAACCUUUCCCUUCUUCACAUGGCAAUCUUUACAUCUUGGUAGCAGUUGAUUAUGUUUCUAAGUGGGUGGAGGCAAUAGCUUCUCCAACAUGCAAAAGUUCUGUGGUGUUUGGUUUCUUGCAGAAUACUAUUUUUCCCCGAUUUGGAGUACCUCGUGCUAUCAUCAGUGAUGAAGGUACGCAUUUCUUAAACCACACCAUGGCUGCCCUUUGUGCCAAGUAUCAUAUUCAUCAUCGCAUAGCCACCCCAUACCAUCCACAGACAUCUGGACAAGUUGAAGUAUCUAAUCGUGAGCUCAGGAGGAUUCUUGAGAAAACUGUCAGUUCAUCUCGAAAGGAUUGGAGUUUAAAGCUUACUGAUGCUUUGUGA